AUGUUUGAAUCCAUCGUGACAGAAUAUCUUGAUCAAACAAAAAGUAAAGAUUGGACGGUUCUCGGAAGUUUAGAAUUUACACGAUCAAAACCGAAACCCAAACUAUCAUCGGCUACAAUCAAUGAUUUUAAAGAAGAUUUAUAUGCAGUAUUACAGAGAUAUAAAGACAAAUGUAACAUCCGCAUGAACGCCAAAAACAAGGGGUUAAAGAUUUUAUCGAAUUUUAACUCGGAAUUUUCAACUACUGAAGUUAAGCGAUUCAUUAAGGAUCUUGAAUUUCUUGAGGAAGCACGUUUAAAUGUCACAUCCACCUACACAGUUACGGUUUUAAAGCUUAUUGAUCAAUUACGAGAAACAGGAAAUAGGCGGGAGCAUGAAAAAAUUAUUAGACCAUUAAAUGUAGAAGAAGAUCAAGAUCGUUUGUCCAAACGUCAACGCCAAGAUGAUGAACUUGAUGAAGAGUUGACUUCACCAAGUCCUUUACAAGAUAGUUAUAUGAAAGAUCCCGAAUAUUUUGACAGUCUUGUAGAUAAUGUAGAUCUAUCCUACAUUGGAAGAGAAGAAGAACCUAUGUCAGCACGCUUAAUGCCUACUACAAUUUCAGUAAUUAGUAGUUGGGAUUCCUUCAAAAUUGAUGAUGUUGAUGUUGUGGAAUUUUUUGAUUCCCUACGAGAUUUCUUGCCGAAAAGGCAUCCUGAAAUCCAUCCACAGUAUUCGGGGGUUCUUGAUUUGACUGGACAGCACAAGCCAACAAAGAAAAAGUUUACCUCAAAAUGGAAGGAACUAUUAAAUAAUUUCCAACUAGAUAUAGCAUGGAAAAUGGUAGAGCUUGACCAAUCCGAAAUAGACUUUUUUGACAAUAUUGAGGAUUCAAAGGCACAACAAAAGGUACUAAUAUUGCACACUCACUUGACAAUAUUAAAAGAAUACCUUAGAAAUAUUAAAUUGCCGAUAAAUGAAGGGGAGCUUAUGAUUCACAUUGUUGCCCCUGCUUUUAGAAUGAGUAUUGACCAAAAUCAGGAGAAGUUUCGAAAACUUUGGUGUGAACGACAAUUAGUAGCAAGUCAAGAAAGGCGACCAAUCUUAGAAGGAUUUAUAUGCGAAGUUUCAGGAGGACUUCCAGCAGGAUGCCCAAAAAAAAUAUGGACAGAUAGAUUAAAAAUUAUGGUUGGAAUGCGUGACAUGAUCAAUAGUAUAAUGAAAUCAUUCCCUGGCUUAUUACCGGAGGAUUAUAUGAAAAUUGUUGUAUUUGGUUCUCAAGUUAUAGGAUUACAGAUUAACCUUUAUGUGAUGUAUGUACGGGCAUAUGGAAUCUAUCGUUUUGGAAUAAUUGACAAAGUGUUUUUACCUGCAUCAAUGCAAGAGUUGUCAGCAUAUGAGUCAGUUCAUGUGAUGUUGCGUUCCUUAGAGCACCGAUUGAGUAAUCUUACGGAAUAUUGCUCAGAUCUUAAAGUUAAACAUGCAAGAUUGAGGCGUAAACAUCAAAGUGAAGAUAAGGAUUGGACUGUUGUCAAAAGAAAGGAACGUUUUAUUGUUCAAAUUGAAGCUGAAAAUGUCCCUGGUGGUAAUAAUAAUGCAAAACUUGCAUCAGCUUCAAAAGUAUUAUCAAAUAUUCAGCCCCUCAUUGGCUUAAAUAUUAAAUAUAUUAAAGGAAUCAAAUAUAUUUAG